AUGAAUUUGAGAAGAAUAGGCUCGUUUGAUCAAGAAUCAAGGAAGUAAGAUUUGUACGAGGUUUUGGCCUCCUCAAAAUCUAUAGAUGUGAAAAUAUUCCAAAUAAUCAUAGAAAUACUAAAAAAAUUGUAGAUUUCAGAUUCUCUAAAUUUUUUAUAACAAGCUAAAAAAAACCAAAACUUUUGGGUAAACCAUUUACAAGAUCACAAUUCUUCCGCACAAGAAAAAUGCGAGAAGUUAGACUAGCUGAUAAACGAAAUCAAAUAAAUUGCUCAAAUUAUGAAAUAAAUUCAUGAUCAUGAAUUUAAUACCAGAAAUUACUCUACUUAAGAUAUUGUAGAAAAAAAAUAAUCUCUAAUUGAGAAAAUUGGGAGAGAUGAAAAUAUAAUUGAGUUCUUAAAAUAUUUAGUGCAUCUCACUUCAGUUGAUAAUAAAUUUAUCCAAAGUGGAUCAAAUUCUCUUCAUUUGUUAGUUGAAAUGAAAAUUGAUUUGAAAACACAUUCUUUUGAAAAUAUUAAAAUUAGAAAUACUUCACUUUAAGGAGGUAAUUUUGCCAAAUGCGACUUAAGUGGAUCUGAAUUUGACAAUGUCCUUAUUAAAGGGAUGAAUUUAAAUGGUUCGAAAUUAUUUAAUUGUAAAUGGAUCAAUUUAAGGAUGGAUGUAAUCGAGCUUAAUAGUCGAGGUGAUUAUGUAAAUUCAUUUUGCUAUUCUCCCAAUGGUCAUUAUUUCGCUUCAAGUAGUAAUAAAUCGAUUAUUUUGUGGAAUCUUAGAAGGGGAAACAUAAGAUAUGUUAUCGAAGGAGAGAGGGAGGUAAUGUCACUCUGUUAUUCACCUAAUUGUUAAAUAUUAGGUGCUUGCAGUGGGAAAUUUAUUUAUUUAUGGAAUCUUUAUACAGGUAAAUAAAAAUAAAAAUUAACUGGCCAUAAUAGUUAUGUGAAGGCAGUCAGUUUUUCUUCUGAUGGUCUUAAAUUAGCAUCUGUUGAUGUGGAUAAUACCCUCUAUAUAUGGGAUGUUAUAAAAGGAAAGCAAAUAAUCUAAUAUGAUGAUUGUUAUCCAGUUUGUUUCUCUCCUGAUGCUGCUAUGAUAGCAUUUGCUGGUUUGAACUACAAUAUCUAUUUAUUAGAUGUUGAGACAGGAGAAGAAAAGGCAAUAUUUAAGAGACAUUACACCGAAAUUUUAUCAAUUUGUUUUUCUCCUGAUGGUACUACAUUAGCAUCUGGAGGUGGAGAUCGUAGAACUGGUUCAUGUUCCAGGGUCUAUUUAUGGGAUCUUAAGACAGGACAAUUAAAAAAUGAAUUAUGUUAUAUGAAAUGUAGGUUUACUUCUGUCUGCUUCUCUCCUGAUGGUACUACUUUAGCAGCUAGUGUUAUUAAUAAUAUUAUUGUAUGGAAUGUUGAGACUGGUGAAGAAGAAUACUUUUUACAAUGUUAUCAUAAAGAAAUUAAUUUAAUCUGUUUCUCUUCUGAUGGUAGAAUGUUAGUGUCUGGUAGUGGUUAAUAUGAUGAUUUUAUAAGUAAUAGAGACUCUAUGAUUCGUUUUUGGGAUUUUAAGUCAUUAAAAUAAGAGGUUAAUUCAGUUGGUCAUAAGGGUAAUGUUAAAUAAGUUUGUUUCUCUCCUGAUGGUACUACAUUAGCAUCUGGUAGUAGAGAUAUGUCUAUCCAUUUGUGGGAUGUUAAAACAGGAUAAUAAAUGUUCAAAUUAGAAGGCCAUGAACAUUGUGUUAAUUCAGUCUGUUUCUCUCCUGAUGGUAUUACAUUAGCAUCUGGUAAAAGCUACAUCUGUAUAUGGGAUGUUAAGACAGGAUAAUAGAUGUUCAAAUUAGAAGGCCAUGAAAAAUGUGUUGAUUCAGUCUGUUUCUCUCCUGAUGGUACUACAUUAGCAUCUGGUAGUUAUGAUAACUCUAUCCGUUUAUGGGAUGUUAAGACAGGAUAAUAAAAAGCCAAAUUAGAUGGUCAUUCAGAAGCAGUUAUAUCAGUCUAUUUCUCUCCUGUUGGUACUACAUUAGCAUCUGGUAGUAGAGAUAUGUCUAUACGUUUAUGGGAUGUUAAGACAGGAUAAUAAAUGUUCAAAUUAGAAGGCCAUGAAAUGUUAUGUUAAUUCAGUUCUAUUUCUUCUCCUGGUUGGUACUACAUUAGGCAUCUGGUAGGUAGUGAUAUGUCUAUACGUUUAUGGGAUGUUAAGACAGGAUAAUAAAUGUUCAAAUUAGAAGGCCAUGAACGUUAUGUAAAUUCAGUCUGUUUCUCUCCUGAUGGUACUACAUUAGCAUCUGGUAGUGCUGAUCACUCUAUCCGUUUAUGGGAUGUUAAUAGUGGAUAAUAAAUGUUCAAAUUAGAAGGCCAUGAAAAAUGUGUUAAUUCAGUCUGUUUCUCUUCUGAUGGAACUACAUUAGCAUCUGGUAGUGAUGAUCACUCUAUCCGUUUAUGGGAUGUUAAAACAAAACAACAUAUUACAGAUUCAGAUAAAACUUAUAAGAAGCAUUUAGCAAAAUCUACCUUACCCAUCUAAUAUACAUCACUAUCUUUGAUUGACAAAUACACUAUUCCAAUUACAAUACUUCAUAUAACUAGAGAUCCUAUAUUUUAAGCUAAAAGAACUUUGAUAUCGAAAGGAGAAUUUACAACUGAUGCUGGAAUUAACAUAAGAAUACUAUUUGAAUAAAAUUGA